GUAAAUGGGAGUCAGACCAGAAGUGGGCCACCGGGCUUGCGUUCCGCCUGGGGACCGCGCUCGCCUAGGAGUGAGUCUGAUUUUACAUGAAUGGCUGAGCGCUCGUACCCGCCUCCAACAGGACCCAAUCAGAAAGAGGGAAAAGCGGGGCACUGAGCAGCGAUUGGUUGGAUCCUGGGCCAAUCGGAAGAGCCCUGGUUUGGCGGGAGUCUUGACCGCCGCGGAAGCUCUGGGAGUCUCCGCGCCAGCUGUCGGUGUCCGGCCGCCGUGGCCAUGUUCGUGUCCGAUUUCCGCAAGGAGUUCUACGAGGUGGUCCAGAGCCAGAGGGUUCUUCUCUUCGUGGCCUCGGACGUGGACGCCCUGUGCGCUUGCAAGAUCCUUCAGGCCUUGUUCCAGUGCGAUCACGUGCAGUAUACCCUGGUUCCAGUUUCUGGGUGGCAAGAACUUGAAACUGCAUUUCUUGAGCAUAAAGAACAGUUUCAUUAUUUUGUCCUCAUAAACUGUGGAGCCAACGUAGACCUAUUGGAUAUUCUUCAGCCUGAUGAAGAGGCUGUAUUUUUUGUGUGUGACACCCACAGGCCAGUCAACGUCGUGAAUGUAUACAAUGAAGCCCAGAUCAAACUACUCAUUAAACAAGAUGAUGACCUUGAAGUUCCUGCCUAUGAUGAUAUCUUCAGGGAUGAUGAAGAAGAGGAGGCUGAAGAGCACUCAGGAAGUGAAAGUGACAAUGGAUCAGAGCCUUCUGAGAAGCGCACACGGUUGGAAGAGGAGGUAGUGGCACAAACCAUGAAGAGGAGACAGCGAAGAGAGUGGGAGGCUCGGAGAAGAGACAUCCUCUUCGACUAUGAACAGUACGAGUAUCAUGGGACGUCGUCAGCCAUGGUGAUGUUCGACUUGGCGUGGAUGAUGUCCAAGGACUUGAACGAUAUGCUAUGGUGGGCCAUCGUGGGACUAACAGGCCAGUGGGUACAAGACAAGAUCACCCAGAUGAAGUACGUGACCGACGUCGGCAUCUUGCAGCGCCACGUGUCCCGGCACAACCACCGGAAUGAGGAUGAGGAGCACGCCCUCUCUGUGGACUGUACUCGGAUCUCCUUUGAAUACGACCUCCGCCUGGCACUCUACCAGCACUGGUCCCUCCAUGACAGCCUGUGUAACACUUGCUACACUGCGGCCAGGUUCAAGCUCUGGUCUGUGCACGGACAGAAGCGGCUCCAGGAGUUCCUUGCUGACGUGGGCCUGCCCUUGAAACAGGUGAAGCAGAAGUUCCAGUCCAUGGACAUUUCCUUGAAGGAGAAUUUGCGGGAGAUGAUCGAAGAGUCUGCAAAUAAAUUUGGGAUGAAGGACAUGCGCGUGCAGACUUUCAGCAUUCACUUUGGGUUCAAGCAUAAGUUCCUGGCCAGCGAUGUGGCCUUUGCCACCAUGUCGCUGAUGGAGAGCCCCGAGAAGGAUGACUCAGGGACAGAUAACUUCAUCCAGGCUCUUGACAGUCUCUCCAGGAGUAACCUGGACAAGCUCUACCAUGGCCUCGAACUUGCCAAGAAACAGCUGCGAGCCACACAGCAGACCAUUGCCAGCUGCCUCUGCACCAACCUUGUCAUCUCCCAGGGGCCCUUCCUCUACUGCUCCCUCAUGGAGGGCACUCCGGACAUUGUGCUGUUUUCCAAGCCAGCGUCCCUGAGCCUGCUUAGCAGACACCUGCUUAAGUCCUUCGUUUUUUCGACGAAGAACCGGCGCUGCAAGCUGCUGCCCUUGGUGAUGGCUGCACCCCUGAGUGUGGAGCAGGGCACAGUGACUGUGGUGGGCAUCCCUCCAGAGACUGACAGCUCAGACAGAAAGAACUUUUUUGGGCGGGCAUUUGAGAAGGCAGCGGAGGGCACCAACUCCCGGACACUACACAACCAUUUCGACCUCUCAGUAAUUGAACUGAAAGCAGAGGAUCGGAGCAAGUUUCUGGAUGCGCUUGUUUCCCUCCUGUCCUGAUGACCCAGGCAGGGUUCCUGAGGAGAUUUGGAGCCAACACAUUUUUCCCAGGGGCGUCUGUCCCUGGGCUGGUGGCAGAGCCACGAUUCGGGCAUUUUUGAAGGAGCUAAUUUCAUUAAGCUCCUGGGACCCCUUCAGCAAGAGCCUGGCAUUGACCCUCUCUUGACCAUGCUGUGGGCUGGGCAUCAGUGAGUGACAUACAGGCCUCCUGGCACUGCUGGGAAAGAGGGCGACCCUUGGGGGCCACCUGGAGCCUUGCCACCCUUUGCAGCCUUAUACCAGGCCCUGGGCUAGAGAAUUACAGAGGCUUCUAUCUAGGCUCCUGUGUGCCUGACUUAGAAGAAGACAAAGCUGUUGGCAGCCACUCAGCAGAUAACUAUAAAAUGUCAUCUCUGUGGGCCUUGCACGGGGGUGAGGUCUACAGUGAUGCUCACCAGCCAGAGCUGAUCCCAGUGCCACGUACACCAUCUCUUUCUUGAAGGGCCCCUCAGCAAAUGGGCCGGGGGCCCGUUCUGUACCUGGUGUCCACUUCUCAGCCCGAGGCCCCCCACACAGUGGAAUGCCCCAUACGCAUCUCCUUGAGCCCUGGGCUGGAGCCACAGCUGAGGCAGACGGGCUCUGACAUAGAGGGUCCCUUCGUGCCAGCCUAGUGUCCUCCCCCACCCCUACCAUCCAGAGUAAGCUGGAAGCUGGCUGGGGCCAGGUGCCCUUCCCCUGUCAGGGCCUCAGUGGGCUCUGCUGAGAAUGGUAUAGGGGACCUCAGGGACCCACAGUCCCUCUUUCAGGGUAGGCAAAGACUUACAGGGUUCAUGUUGGGGAGAGGCUCUGGGCUCAGACCCUCUGGGUCCUCAGCAAGAUCUGUUGGGUACCUCACAAAGCUGGGACUGUUUCCUCAACUGAAACUGGGCUGACACCCCUUGGGCAGUGAGUACUGAGCCUUAGGAUGGGGGCAGGGUAUAAGUGUGGGACCCAAAUCAAAGGUUACAAGUGGGAGCUCUCAGCAGGGGGCCGGUGUGUGGGGCAUAAGCCCUCCCCUGCGGCCUGAUCAGUGAUGACACCAGUGUCCUGCCAGCAAGACAGUGCAGGGUGGACCAGCUGGGUGGGGGAGGAGCAAUGUAGGGGAGAAGCCCUGUGAGGUCCCCUCGGGGCUGAGGCAGGGUCUCUGAGGUGACAUGGUGGUGGAGGGCUGUGAGGCCCUGGGGGUUCUCCAGCAAACGACUACCUGGACCCAGCCAGUGGGCACCCUGGUUCUGCAGUGGCUCUCCACUCACGGCCAGCACUGCUCUGCCCUGUCAGUGGUGGGGGCUACUCAGAAGCAAGCCUGGCGUGCCAGAGGGAAGGCCUGGGCAGUUUGUUUGCUUAAUUCAGAGAGACAUCAGAAUCGUUGAAAUUUACUUUUCUUUCUUUCUUCUCUAGAGUUUGAUCUCCGCAGACAUGACCUCCUCCUUAUUUAUAUUAACUGGGUUUUAUUGGACCAUAAGUUAUGGAUGUAGUUUUAGAUGCAGGGACAGUUGGUUUUUAUGGAAUAAAAUAUUUUAGACAAGGUC